GGCAAAACGCUCACACAUCACAGACUCUCAGAGUGAACGAUUUUUUUGGGAUUUGGUUUAUAUGUGGUAGGUAGGCUGAUACAGCGAGAUGGUGCAAUAUAACUUUAAGAAGAUUACUGUGGUGCCUAAUGGGAAGGAUUUCGUUGAUAUCAUCCUCUCUCGCACUCAGCGUCAGACCCCAACAGUUGUGCAUAAAGGAUAUGCAAUUUCACGGCUGCGCCAGUUCUACAUGCGCAAAGUGAAGUAUACACAGCAAAAUUUUUAUGAUAAGCUCUCCACCAUAAUUGAUGAUUUCCCUCGGCUUGACGAUAUUCAUCCUUUCUAUGGCGAUCUCCUCCAUGUGCUCUACAACAAAGACCAUUACAAGCUUGCCCUUGGGCAAAUCAACACUGCCAGGAAUCUUAUUGGAAAGAUUGCAAAAGACUAUGUGAAAUUGCUGAAGUAUGGUGACUCACUGUACCGAUGCAAGUGUCUGAAGGUGGCCGCUCUUGGCCGCAUGUGCACUGUGAUCAAGAGGAUUGGCCCAAGUUUAGCGUAUCUUGAACAAGUUAGACAGCACAUGGCUAGGCUUCCAUCGAUUGAUCCAAAUACAAGGACUGUCUUGAUCUGUGGAUAUCCUAAUGUUGGCAAGAGCUCGUUCAUUAACAAAAUUACAAGAGCUGAUGUUGAUGUGCAGCCCUAUGCUUUCACUACAAAAUCUCUCUUUGUGGGUCAUACAGAUUAUAAGUAUCUAAGGUACCAAGUAAUUGAUACUCCGGGGAUUUUGGACAGGCCAUUUGAAGACCGCAAUAUUAUUGAGAUGUGCAGUAUCACUGCUCUAGCACAUCUGAGAGCUGCAAUAUUGUUUUUCUUGGACAUCUCUGGGUCUUGUGGUUACACUAUUGCUCAGCAGGCAGCUCUAUUUCACAGCAUUAAGUCUUUGUUUCUGAACAAGCCACUGAUUAUAGUCUGCAACAAGACUGACUUGCAACCAUUGGAGGGGAUAUCUGAGGAAGACAAGAAGUUGGUCAAGGAGAUGCAAGCUGAAGCCUUGAAGACUCUAGUUGGUCAAGGGGGUGAGCCUACUGAUGAUGACAGUGUAUUGUUGACCAUGAGCACUUUGACAGAAGAAGGGGUAAUUGCAGUAAAAAAUGCAGCAUGUGAAAGGUUAUUGAAUCAGAGGGUGGAGAUAAAGAUGAAGUCAAAGAAAAUUAAUGAUUGCUUGAAUAGGUUUCAUGUUGCUGUUCCAAAGCCUCGUGACCAGAAGGAAAGACCAGCUUGCAUUCCUCAAGCAGUUUUAGAAGCUAAAGCUAAGGAAGCGGCUGAGAAGGAAAAGAGAAAAACUGAAAAGGAUCUGGAGAAUGAGAAUGGUGGGGCAGGUGUAUAUUCAAUGAACUUGAGAAAGAAUUACAUUUUAGCCAGUGAUGAAUGGAAAGAAGAUAUAUUGCCAGAAAUUUUAGAUGGGCACAAUGUGUAUGACUUCAUUGAUCCUGAUAUUCUGCAUAGGGUUGAAGAGUUGGAAAGAGAAGAAGGGUUAAGACAGGCAGAAGCUGAGGAUGAUGAUUUUGAGAUUGAUGGAACUGAAUUGACGCCUGAACAGCAAGAAGCUUUAGCUGAGAUUAGGAAGAAGAAAAGCUUGCUCAUCCAGCAGCAUAGGAUUAAAAAGAGCAAUGCUGAGAAUCGACCAACUGUUCCAAGGAAGUUUGACAAGGACAAGCAAUACACAUCAGAAAGAAUGGGAAGGCAACUGUCAUCUUUGGGCCUUGAUCCUACUUUGGCAAUUAAGAGAAUGCGCAGCAGAUCUGCCUCUACAAGAGGCCGGAAAAGAGAAAGAUCACCUGAAAGGAGAAGUGCUGAUGGCAGAGAUGGAAUGGAUAUUGAUGGUGACACACCUAGCAAAAAGCAGCGGUUGAGCAGAUCACUCUCAAGGUCCAGGUCGGUGUCACGCCCACCACAUGAAGUUGUGCCUGGAGAGGGCUUCAAGGAUUCUGCUCAAAAGAUCAAGGCAAUUAAACUUGCAAAGAAAUCUGUCAAGAAGAGAAACAAGGAUGCCCGUCGUGGAGAAUCUGAUAGAGUUAUACCUAACCUGAAGCCCAAGCACUUGUUUUCUGGGAAGCGCUCCUCUGGAAAAACUGAUAGACGCUAGAACAGGGGAUGCUGUUUUAUGUUUAUUAGAGACAUUUAUUGGCAUUUUUCGCGGCUGCCGGAAUUUUUGGUUAUUUCAUACUAGUAGUUUUGUUCUGUCGGAGUUUAUGGUUAUUUCAUACUAGUAGUUUUGUUCUGUCGGAGUUUAAGGGGAGUGAUAGCAACAUAGUUUACUUAUACACCUCUGCCUCAUUUUAUUAAACCUGUCAUUCUGUAUUUUGCAAUUUUAAACCUUGCGCUUUUGGUCUUUAUUUAUUUAGUUAAAUUCUUUAGAUCGUGUAUGAAACUAUGAUUGAAGAAACUUCUUUUGGAAUUUUGAGUCGCAACAUUGAGUGUUGUUUCAUAUGUAUUUUACGUACUUUAAAACAAUGAGGCAUCUGUUUCAUAUGUGGGUGAUUUUGUUCAAUCUUGCACAAGGCUAGAUAUGAUACAUUCGUGUUUGACU